AUGUGGAAACAACAACAAUCCGAGCGCGAGCGAUCACAGGAUUAUCACAACGUCCGGUCCCAGGCACGUCCGUGCGCCAGCGACGUCAAAUCAAACUGGCCCGGUCAAAAUGACGAAAGUGAAAACAUCGCACGCACAGAAAAAAGGCUGGCGGCGCGAUACAGUCCUUGCAGGCCGCCUCUCGCGCCCGCUCCAGUGACACAGUAA